AUGAAGCCCAUGGCUGUCGACAUCGGCACCGACGAGAACCACAUGAAGGCGGAGGGGCUAUGCUUGGAGGUGCAGCGGCCCUUCGAUAGCCGGAAACACGGUGUGUUCCUCUCCGAGGGUGUCGCGCUGCAUGGGUAUCUCCGCCUCUGCGGGCUGGAGGUGCGAGCAGUGGCCGGGGAGGGCCUGAGAAUGCACGCGGGCGUGCUGACCCGGCGAGGGCAAGAGAUCAGCAAGCCCCCCGCGGUGAAGCCGGUCAUUGCGGAGCCCGGGCCUGGCGUGCUCCCUCAACUCGGUGCGGUCGCGGGCGUGGGCGUGGGCGUGGGCGUGGGCGUGGGCCACGAUGGCCGGGGGCCGGGGCUCCCUCGCGAGCUCCGCGGCAUGCUCCGUCUGGUUCAGCGCGCCGUGCUCCCCGUCGCUGUAGCCUCCGCGGUGCUCCUGCUGGUCCAGCGCGCGGUGCUUCGCGUCGCUGUGGCCGGGUGUGUCUGGGACUCCGAAGUGGCGCCCACAGUCCUGGCCGACCUGCGGAGCCACCCGCCGCCCGUCUUCGCGGAGGCGGCGCCGGAGCUGGCGGCCGCGCAGCGGUGGGAGCCCCCCCGCCCCGCGACGCCGAGUGAGGACCUGCUGCCCCGCGCGGGCGCGCACGUCCUGGCCUCGCCCGUCGCGAGGCCGCCCCUGCCGGCGGAGAGGCGGCAGCCGCAUGCCCCGGCGGCGGGCGCGGCCGCGGGCCGCAGCAGGGGCGGCUCGGACGAGUCGCUGGUGGCGAGCAUGGCAGCCAGAUUGGCGCAGGUGGAGCAGCUCAACAAGCAGCUCUCCGCCAGGGUGGCGAAGCAAGCGCAGGAGCUGGCGGCGGUGCGCGGCGAGCUGGAUCGCGCCCGCGACGCCCCAGGCGCGCGUCCGCAGGAGGUGGGCGCAGCCGCCGCCCCCGGGGACUGCGUGAGCUGCCGGGCCCUCCGGCGCCAAGUGGACGAGCUGUCCGGAAUCGUCGAGGCGUACGGCCUCGUCUGGACGCCCGCCGCAGCUGCCGCGGAGGAGGAGCCGACCUCCGGCGGCGGCGGCGUGCCCACGGCCUCGCCGGCCAGCGGCGGCGGUGCCGCGGGCAGCCCCGCGUCUGCCCGCGGGCGCGGGAUACACCGGCCUGACGGCCACAGGCCGCCCGAGGGCGGCGUGUCGGUCGACAUCGAGGUGCUCAGGAGCCGAGUGGAGGGCCUCAACGCGAGCGUGGAGGACGACCGGCCCAGGGUGGUCGCCGAGGGCGGCGGCGGCGGCGGCCGCGCCCGGCUGGCGGCGGACGCGGCGGGGCCGCUGCCAGUGACAUUCUUCCAGGAGCUGUGUCCUCGGCCGCCCGGCCCCCCGCCGAGCGCGCGCCGAGGUGCUGAGGGACAUCCUUGA